AUGUUGAAUGAUCAAUUAAAUACAUUUAUAAAUGUUACUGAAUCUGAGGAUUUCAAUUUAAGUCUAAAAUAUUAUAAUAAUACAGAGGUAUUGACAAAUAAAAAGGAUGUUAUUAUAGAUGAAUAUCUACAAUCUAUUGGACUAAUUAUUUUAUUGGUUUUAUUCUUUAUGAUUGUUAUUGGUAAUUUGACUGUACUUGGUGUGAUUUUCUCAAGAAAAAUCAAAACACAAAUGAAAAUAUUCAUCAUUAACUUAGCUAUUACAGACCUCUUUGUUGCUCUUGGUGGAAUCUUACCAGAAAUAAUUUGGAAUAUAACAAUCGUAUUUUAUGCACCAACAUUUGUUUGUAAACUAGUGAAGUAUAUGUCUACUACCAUAACAUAUGGAAGCUCUUUCGCACUAAUAGCGUUAAGUAUUGAUCGUGCAGAGGCUGUAUGUAGACCACUCCGAGCUACAUCGUCAAAAUUCAGUAAAAAAACACAUGCUCUCAUGUUAAUCGGAUCUGCAUGGUUAGCAGCAAUGAUAUGCGGUAUACCUACGGCGUUUCUAGCUCAAAAGGUCUAUGAAGGAACAAAGUAUGAAAACUGUCGAUUCGACUUUAGUAGGAUUAGUCCACAAGCCUAUCUAACUUCUAUAGCAAUGUCAGUUUUUGUUAUACCAGCAUUUAUUAUAGCCACCUGUCAUAUUAUCAUCGUAAUCAAAAUUUGGAGUGCAUCCAAAUCUCGAAAAUUCAGAAUAAAUGAUCUACCAGAUCUGCGUCAAAAACAAUCUCAGGAAAAACACCCAAACAACCCACUUUCUGUAACUACGAUUUCUAUAUCAAACAAGAAGCUAAGUGAAUUGUCACUCGAUAAAAAGAGUCUACGAAUCGGACUAUCUAGACGUGUUAACCGUAAACAUGUACAUUCCAGUUGUAUAUCCCGUGCUAAAGUGAAAACAGUUAAAAUGACUUGUCUGAUAGUCUCAACUUAUGUGAUUUGUUGGUGUCCAUUUAUGGUAUGGAACCUAAUGGUUACUUAUGGAUAUAUGAGACGAUGCGCUCCAUAUUUGAUGAAAUAUUCACCAAUUAUUCAACAUUUGGUACCACUGAAUUCAACCGUAAAUCCUGCGAUAUUUUGGAUAUUCAAUGCAGAAAACUUCAUUCGGAGACGGAGAAGAAUAACCGGAAUAGUUGUGACAGAUGCAACGAAAUUUUGA